AUGGCCCACCUCCUCUUGAAGCCUGGUGCUACACCUCGUUUUUGUAAAGCAAGAUUUGCCUUGCGGGAAAAAGUGGAAGCAGAGCUGGACCACCUAUUGGCUGAAAAGAUCAUAACGAAAGUGGAUAGAAGUGAAUGGGCAUCACCAAUUGUACCUGUCAAGAAAAAGAAUGGAGACAUUAGGAUUUGUGGUGAUUUCAGGGUAGCUCUGAACAACCAACUUCUUGUGGAUCAAUACCCAUUGCCUCGACUUGAAGAUUUAUUUGGCUCACUGGCUGGGGGGCAAAAGUUUACAAAAAUAGACUUAAAGCAAGCUUACCUGCAACUGCAAGUACACCCAGAUUCACGCCACCUGUUGACCAUUAACACUCAUAAAGGAUUAUUCCAGUAUAACCGCAAGGUUUUUGGCAUAGCCCCAGCUCCAGCCAUCUGGCAGCGGAUCAUGGAUGAGGUACUGGCAGGAAUACCUUUCACCCAAUGUCUACUGGAUGACAUGCUCAUCACUGGUCCCACUGAUGAAGAACACAGAAAGAAUGUUGAAGCUGUGCUAGGGAGACUCCAAAAGUAUGGUUUACGUGUCAAUCUGUCAAAAUGCGAAUUUCUCAAGUCUCAACUGGAGUUUUGUGCCCACACGGUGGACCGUCAUGGGUUACACACUACUGAAGAAAAGCUUAAAGCCCUUACCCAUGCCCCUACCCCCCGGAAUGUCACCCAGCUCAGGUCCUACCUUGGCCUCCUAAAUUACUACCACCGUUUCUUGCCGAACCUAGCGCACCAGCUCUACCCAUUACAUCGCUUACUGGAUGCAAGAGCUAAAUGGAUAUGGACAGACAAAUGUGAAGAAGCUUUUCGGCUUUCUAAAGAACUCAUUCUGUCUUCUCGAGUUCUGGUCCACUAUGAUUUAAAGAAACCCGUCAUCCUGGCUUGUGAUGCCUCGCCUUAUGGACUAGGUGCAGUGCUUUCCCAUGUCAUGCCGGAUGGCACGGAGCGCCCCAUUUCUUUUGCCUCCAGGUCUUUAACCUCAGCAGAACAAAACUACUCCCAGAUUGACAAGGAAGCUUUGGCCAUUGUAUGGGCCACAAAAAAAAUUCACGCGUACGUCUAUGGUCGGGAGUUCACACUUAUCACUGACCACAAACCUCUGUUGUCAAUACUGAACCCUCAGAAAGGAAUUUCUACAACAACCGCAUCUCGCUUACAAAGGUACGCUUUAUUUUUAGGAGCUUAUGCUUAUUCGAUCAGAUACCGCUCCCAUGAUACCCAUGGCAAUGCAGAUGCAUUUUCCAGAUUGCCACUAAGAGAUGACCACCCACUAAGAGAGGUACAUGUAGUGGAAGUACACAGGCCACAAUCUUGCAUGUCCACCUCCCUGAUUGCCAGACAUACAGCCACAGAUCCUUUCCUGUCUCAGAUAUUCUCUUAUGUUCAGACUGGAUGGCCAGAGAGUGUUUCAGGUGACUUUCGUCCGUACUUUGCCAGAAAAUGUGAGCUUGUGACUAAUGCUGGUUGCCUACAAUGGGGCAAUAGAGUGAUUGUACCCCAUGGUUUGGGUGUCCAACACUACAAAACAGCUCCUUAUCAUCCAGCUUCAAAUGGGCUGGCAGAACGAUUUGUGCAGUCAUUUAAGAAGCACUUACUGUCCACUCUGGACCAGGUUGGACCUUCAGAAGAGAAGCUACUGGAAUUCUUGAUCAUGUACCGUAACACGAAACACGCUACUACUGGGCUGUCACCGGCUUUUCUUAUGUUUGGCAGGCAUCUCCGCACCAAACUUGAUUUAGUUCGUCCGCAGGAGCAGUCCCCAACACCUCCUCCGCCGGGCCGUCUGGGAUUCCGUGCCGGUGAUCUUGUAUGGUCUCAGAAUUACAGAGCUUUGCCUCCUUGGCUUCCUGGCGUUAUUGAUGGAACUCUUGGCAGAAGAAUGUACCUUGUCCGCCUGGAGGAAGGCAUUUGUGUUCGGCAACACCUUUCACAAUUGAGGAAACGCAUUUGCCGGCCACUAGUGACAAAACCGACCCUUCUUUCUGACCACCCACCAGAGUCUACUCUGAACUCUGCUGGUGACAUAUGGCAUGGUGUCUGGCAUGAUCCCACAAGUUUACACCCAAACCCUGAACCGGUUGGUGACCAUAUUCCUGAGGAGCCCGGCCAUGUGCCUGAAGUUACAGAGACUGAUUUGUCUGUGGGACGCCCACUGACCUCUCCAGUACCUUUGACUGACUUUAUUCCUCCCGGUGCUGUACCUCUGCGUAGGUCUACCCGUCAAAGACGUCAAACGCCUCGCUGGCAAAGUGCUGAAAUCUUACGGGACACAUUGGAGGUCAGGGAACAGAGACAAAGGGCUCAUGAAGUGCUGCGGAAAUCACAGAACUGA